CAACAUAUGCUGUAUGCAUCAAACAGCAAGGAUGCUACCAUCUACACUCAAAAUUGGGACAUUUAUUUCAUUUUUUGACCAUCCACACAUAGGGACACAGGCAACUGUCUGACAAGGCUAAAGAUAUCUUUCUACUAUGUUUGCUGCUGCCACAAAGAACUUUGUAAAACAAGUUGGUGAUGGGGGGAGGUUGAUUCCAGUGCCCAACCUUAGUGAAGCAGAUAAAUACCAGCCUCUGAGCCUCGUAAUAAAGAAGAAGCGCUGCUGCCUUUCCCGCAAGUACAAAUUCAUCUCAACCCCUUUUACACUCAAGGACAUUCUUAAUGGAGAUAAGGAGAUUUCUGCAGGGGUCAGUUCCUAUCAGCUGCUGAAUUACGAAGAUAAAUCUGAUGUGUCCUUAAACAGGAGACAUGGGAACCAGAUCUUGAAUGAUGUUGGGAUGAAUAUUUAUGGGUCAGAUUCUGUUGCAGUUAAAGCUUCCUUUGGCAUUGUAACAAAACAUGAAGUGGAAGUCCCAACACUGCUUAAGGAGCUGAUUUCCAGGACAAUUGACUUGGAUCACUGUUUAGUUCGUCAAUCAAGAGAAAAUGGGAAGGAAAUCCUAUGUGUGGUCAUGGAGAGCAUUCGGACAACUCGCCAGUGUUCUCUGUCUGUCCAUGCUGGUAUGCGGGGAGAAGCCAUGAGGUUUCACAUAAUUGAUGAGAAAAACCACAAAGGGCGCGACAAAGCUAUUGUAUUUCCCGCGCACACAACCAUAGCGUUUAGUAGCUUUGAUCUGUACAUUCAUCUGGAUGGUCACUUUGAGCUUUGUGUCUCAUCUGCUUCAAAAGGAGGAUUUGAGAAGGAGCCCAAUAGAUCGUUUUCAUUAAACGCUAUACGGAACACCCUGUACCGAACAGGCAUCUUAUUCACCGGAAAAAGAACAAUGGAUAUCAUUGCUAACGCAGAUUCUUACAUGGAUGACAUCUUUUCCGAUUACUAUGACAAGGCUGCUAGCAUGACUGACAUUUCUACUACAUACAUGCGAGAAGGCGCUCACACUCGUGUUAACCUCCUGACCAAUAACAUUUCCAAGGGACCCUGCGCUCUGUGUGGGAUGGGAAACUCCAAAAGAGAGACUGUAUAUGGCUGCUUCGAGUGCUCGUCCAAUGGCCAGAAGUACGUCAGGCUGCAUGCUGUACCUUGCUUUGACCUGUGGCACAAAAGACUGAAGUGAUCAUUGUACGUGACACGUUUGUGCCCCUAUGUCGAUUCUCAGGUGAACCUGUGCCACAGCUCCCGUCACAUAUAUGCAAAAAGUACUCCUUCGACUACUGAACCAUGCAAGGUGCUCUGUGACUAUACUGUUUAAUGGUCAAUGAUUCAGACGGCCAAUAAGCAAACAGUGUCAAAUGGACUUAUAAACUACUAAUCACAAAAAAUAAGAAGUAGACAAUGCCAGCGUUUCGAUGCAGAACAAAAUCCUAAAUGGUAAA